GGCGCUCUCGCGCAGAUGAUGAUGAUGAUGAUGAUGAUGAUGACAUGCGCUCGAGUGUAUAUUUCCCUCAUCCAGGACACCCACGGACAUUACAUCCAUAACCUCCGAGACCCAGCGAACUAAAUCAGCUGUCAAACAUUUACUGCCGAAACAACUGGACAGGCGCGCGAUCAUCUGAUACUUCUGUAGCGUCAAGGAAACUGAUCUGGAAACAGGAUAAUAAUCAUGUCACUGUAUCCAUCUCUAGAAGACAUGAAGGUGGAUAAAUUCAUGCAGGCUCAUAACACUCCUACUGCCAGCCCAUCAAAAGCUUUAGCUCUUCCUGAACCUUCCAGCGUCCAGAACGAGCCGAGUUCAUACUCUGAAGAGAUGGGUGCUUCCAGCAGGUUGUACCCUGAGCUGAAUGAGUUUAUGGGUCUGAAUCUCAGUGCAGAUGCUCUACAAACGCUUUCCUCUUCAGUAAUCGACCAGACCAGCGGGGCUCUCAGUGUCUGCACAUCUGGAACGAGCUGGACGGCAGCCCCGAUAACAGGAAGUGACCUGGGGGUGAAGAGGGCGGAGAUUCGGCAGGGUGUACGGGAGGUGGUGCUGUGCAAAGACAUGGAUGGGAAGAUUGGCCUCCGCCUCAAAGCCGUGGAUAAUGGUGUGUUUGUGCAGUUGGUGCAGGCGAACACUGCUGCAGCGUUGGCAGGGCUGCGCUUUGGUGAUCAGAUUCUGCAGAUCAAUGGCAAAUCAUGUGCUGGCUGGAGUAGUGAUAAUGCACACAAAGUGCUUAAGAACGCCAACCCAGAGAGGAUCACUUUGGCUGUGCGAGACAGGCCAUUGGAGCGAUCUGUUACUCUUCACAAGGACAUGAACGGGCAGCUGGGCUUUAUUUAUAAAAAGGGUCGGAUCAUCUCAAUAGUACAAGACAGCUCAGCUGCACGUAACGGCCUCCUUACUGACCAUCAGAUCUGUGAGAUCAACGGUCAGAACAUCAUUGGACUGAAGGACUCCCAAAUCAUGGACAUCCUUAAUUCCAGCGGAGGCGUCGUCACUGUAACUGUGAUGCCAGUGGUCAUCUUUGAACACAUGAUGAAAAGGAUGUCCAGCAGUAUUGUAAAGUCACUAAUGGAUCAUUCUAUUCCUGAGGUGUGAGAUGUGCGGAUCAAACUGUACAGCUGUUCGGCCACUGUUUGGAGGGCUCACAUUUGCUCAUUCGUGUGUCCGCAUCAUGUGAUUUUAUAUAAGUUUGAGAGGUUAUUGACAGGCAAAGAAAGGAGAUAUUUGCUUUGCCUUUAAAGUGAUAGUGUCCCAAAAACGGCAAGUUCUUUAAUCAUUUACUCACCUUUAUGUUGUUCCAAACCUUAUAGCACACAAGUCAUGGAUUAUUCUGCAGUGUAUAUAUAUAUAUAUUUUUGAGUUCCAUGAACGUGAGUAAAUGUUGACAAAUGUUCAUUUUUGGGUGAACUAACUCUUUAAUUCUUCUCCUUUAUCUUUAAAUAUGUUGUGUUAAAAGCCUGAAGCUCAUUUCAGUUCCUCUCAAUUCUUGAAAUAUCUCACAAAAAGCAUUCUGAAUAAUCAUCAACAUGCACUACAGCACACUCAUGCUGUAAAUCAGUCGUAAUAAAAAUGCUGUUAAAAUUACUGUUUGAAAGCCAUUAAAAGACUAUGCACUGCUGAAGACAGUUUUGUAUGAAAAACAGUAGAGAAUUCAAUUACAUGACAACUUUAUUUUGAAGAGAUAGAAUUGCAGUAAACCUUUGUGUCCCUGUAAACUGA